UUAAUAAUGAAACUAGAUAUAAAACUACUUUACCAGCUUGGUUUCAAGAAAAUAUGAAUAAUACUGAAGCACAAAAUUAUAAAUAUAUUGACUUUCCAGUAUAUUAUACUUGGAAUGCAAAACUUCACAAGUGGAAUCGUAGAAAAAAUGCAACAGAAGCAAUAGGAAGGCUAUAUAUGAUAUGCAGAACCUUUAAAGAAGCUUACACUUGCCUUGGACUUCUUCAAAAUGAUAAUGAAUGGAAUAUAUGUCUAUAUAAAGCAAGUAAUAUGCAAACAGAAAAGCAAUUACGUCACCUUUUUGUUAUGAUUCUUCUUAUGUACCAACCUUUAACACCAGAAAAUUUAUGGAAUACUCAUAAAUUAGCAUUAUGUGAAGAUAUUUUAUAUAAUGCAUAG